GAAAUUGUUUAUCUGUUAAAGUGUUCCGCAGCUCCUCAGAGGUGCCAGGACAAGACCUGCAGGUGCCCUGCCUUAGGCAGGAGGCAAGAGUGGUAGAGAGGCAACCACCAAGAAUGGUAAAGGAAGACCACCAUUUUGGUGUGAGACAGGGAAAAAAAUCCCAUUGGUGCCAGUAACGAGCUGUGAGACCUUGGGUUAUCACCCAAUGUCUCUGUACCUCAGUUUUCUCAUGGGCAAAAUUAAGGAGGUUGAUCUUCUAAUGUCUCUUUUAGCUCCUAAGACAAGAUGUGAUGUUGAGGACGUUUCACAUUUGUUUUCUUUCCAUUCAAAUGAUGCAUCUCAGAGAUGAAUGACCAGGGCAGAGCUCAGAUAAACACAGAAAGGAAUGAUUCAUGUCCCUGUUCAUAUGACUUUUCCUGAAAGGUACCACCAGUCUUCGGUGACUUUGAUUUCACUGGUAGGUAUCUUCAGCUUGGAUGUAAGGACCAACCUCGUUACCUGCCCAAGGCCAAUCCAACCCAGGAGCUUUGGUAAUUCACUUCAUUCUUAUCAACAUGAGUACAGCUAUUGAUAAUGCCCACUUAUUUUCAGUUCGUAAGAGACAGAAAUGAUGGGAAUUCAAAAAGAGAAGCUGGAGAUCCACAUAAACAAAAACAUCCUUGAGCAUCUUUGUCAAGAAGCUAGGCUUGUCUGCUCACUUCCAGAAGGGUUUCUCUGUCAUUUUUUUUUUUUUUUUUUUUUUUAACAGAUGACCAACAGGUUCCUGACGAUAGCAACGUAGACCCUCUCCAGACCAGCUGGAACAAAGACAGAGUUCAUCAUAAGAAGCUUAAGGAGCCCAUCCAUAAAUGAUUGGCAAUGGACAUAAUCAGGCAAAUAUCUCUCUUCAUCCUCAGAAGACACAAUGUGGUAACAAUCUCAAAGCUUAAGUAGGGGUGAGUGUAUGGAAAGAGGUAGGUUUCCUUAGGGUUUAAACUACCCCUUCUCUGCUUAUUCUCCCUCACAUCAUCUUGGAGUGGAGUGUACUGCAGGGCUCUGUAAUCACCAUGAACAGCACGUCAGGGUCAGCCCUCCUGGUGUCAGACAGCAGAAUCUUUCUUUAAUCCACCGGGACCCCACAGACAUCUAUGGAGACUGGUGAAACCCCGGCGGGAUCUCAGGCAAGGAAGACUCCCUGCCACUCUGGCUUUCCUACCGCGGAGACCAGGAUGGCUUCCCAAAUCUGCUGAGUUUGGAAAGCAUUCCCCCAUCCGCCACCUAAAAGGGCUGGCCGACUGCAGAACUCCAGUGACCGCAAGGAAAAAAAAAAAAAAAUCUUAGCUAAGCCCCCACAAUCAUUGCUUUCCUGUAGCUUCUCUCAAGUUGCUUUUCUACAGCAAAGGACCAAAUGUUGAUUUCGCUACAGAUUCCUACGUAUCUCUUACACGUAGACAGCUUUAAAGGGGGAGGGGAAACAUUUCCCAAGGGGAAGGGGGAGCGGGACAGAAUAUUUCAGUCUCCCACUUGGAUAUAUCUUGUCAUUGAUGAUGCUAGCCCCUAUCUCCAUCCCCUCUCCCCACCCCCUUUUUCUUUCUUUCUGAAAAAUGGACCAAAAAAGCUGAAAGUGUUUUCCAUUUUAUCAAAGAACAUAUAUUACUUUAGUGCUUCGGGAAAAUGUUGGUUUUCUGCCCACCCCUUUUCAAUCUGCCCAUGUCUGAGGUGCUCCGGGAAGACGCACAAUCGUGAGCAGCUUACGACACUCAGUGAGCAGUAGGUGCCUGUGCAAGCUCGCGCCGCACACUGCCUGGCGGAGGGAAGGAGCCCGGGCGCCGCUCCCCGCUCCCCGCUCCCCGCGCCGCCGCCCGCGCCGCCCGCCGCCCGCACCUCCCCGCCGGCCGCAAAGCAUGAGCGAGCCCGCUCUCCGCAGCCGCCCCGGGCGCGAAUGGCAGGCGGUCUCCGCGGAGUAAAAGGUGGCGCCGGUCAGUGGUCCUUUCCAAUGACGGACAUUAACCAGACUGUCAAAUCCUGGGGAGUCGCGAGCCCCGAGUUUGGAGUUUUUUUCCCCACAACGUCACAGUCCGAACUGCAGAGGGAAAGGACAGCGGCAGGAAGGCGAAGCCCCGGCUCCCGCACGUAGUUGGGAAACUUGCGGGUCCUAGAAGUCGCCUCCCCGCCUCGCCGGCCGCCCUUGCAGCCCCGAGCCGAGCAGCAAAGUGAGACAUUGUGCGCCUGCCAGAUCCGCCGGCCGCGGACCGGGGCUGCCUCGGAAACACAGAGGGGUCUUCUCUCGCCCUGCAUAUAAUUAGCCUGCACACAAAGGGAGCAGCUGAAUGGAGGUUGUCACUCUCUGGAAAAGGGUGGGUAAGACACUUUUUAAUUAAAUUCUUUCCCGAAGAAUUUUUUUUUCCUCCCUUUUCUUUGCUGCAGCAUCUAACAUGGACCAAAUCACCAUCUCUUUGAUCUUUCCGUGGCUGUGAACUUUCUAUGCUGCCCAGCUUUCUGCAUGCUUAGAGAUUUCUGACCGAGCGCUUCCAAUGGACAUUCUCCAGCCUCUCUGGAAAGAUUCUCGCUAAUGGAUUUCCUGCUGCUCGGUCUCUGUCUAUACUGGCUGCUGAGGAGGCCCUCGGGGGUGGUCUUGUGUUUGCUGGGGGCCUGCUUUCAGAUGCUGCCCGCCGCCCCCAGCGGGUGCCCGCAGCUGUGCCGGUGCGAGGGGCGGCUGCUGUACUGCGAGGCGCUCAACCUCACCGAGGCGCCCCACAACCUGUCCGGCCUGCUGGGCUUGUCCCUGCGUUACAACAGCCUCUCGGAGCUGCGCGCCGGCCAGUUCACGGGGUUAAUGCAGCUCACGUGGCUCUAUCUGGAUCACAAUCACAUCUGCUCGGUGCAGGGGGACGCCUUUCAGAAACUGCGCCGAGUUAAGGAACUCACACUGAGUUCCAACCAGAUCACCCAACUGGCCAACACCACCUUCCGGCCCAUGCCCAACCUGCGCAGCGUGGACCUCUCGUACAACAAGCUGCAGGCGCUCGCGCCCGACCUCUUCCACGGGCUGCGGAAGCUCACCACGCUGCACAUGCGGGCCAACGCCAUCCAGUUCGUGCCCGUGCGCAUCUUCCAGGACUGCCGCAGCCUCAAGUUUCUCGACAUCGGAUACAAUCAGCUCAAGAGUCUGGCGCGCAACUCUUUCGCGGGCUUGUUCAAGCUCACCGAGCUGCACCUGGAGCACAACGACUUGGUCAAGGUGAACUUCGCCCACUUCCCGCGCCUCAUCUCCCUGCACUCGCUCUGCCUGCGGAGGAACAAGGUGGCCAUUGUGGUCAGCUCGCUGGACUGGGUCUGGAACCUGGAGAAAAUGGACCUGUCGGGCAACGAGAUCGAGUACAUGGAGCCCCAUGUGUUCGAGACCGUGCCGCACCUGCAGUCUCUGCAGCUGGACUCCAAUCGCCUCACCUACAUCGAGCCCCGCAUUCUCAACUCCUGGAAGUCGCUGACAAGCAUCACCCUGGCCGGGAACCUAUGGGACUGUGGGCGCAACGUGUGCGCCCUGGCCUCGUGGCUCAACAACUUCCAGGGGCGCUACGAUGGCAACUUGCAGUGCGCCAGCCCCGAGUACGCACAGGGCGAGGACGUCCUGGACGCCGUGUACGCCUUCCACCUGUGCGAGGAGGGGGCCGAGCCCACCAGCGGCCACCUGCUCUCGGCCGUCACCAACCGUAGCGACCUGGGGUCCCCCGCCAGCCCGGCCACCACGCUCACUGACGACAGGGAGGGGCAGCUCGACAGCACGCUCGAGCCGGCUACCGUGGCUCUCCCCGGCGGCGAGCACGCCGAGAACGCCGUGCAGAUCCACAAGGUGGUCACGGGCACCAUGGCCCUCAUCUUCUCCUUCCUCAUCGUGGUCCUGGUGCUCUAUGUCUCCUGGAAGUGUUUCCCUGCCAGCCUCAGGCAGCUCAGACAGUGCUUUGUCACGCAGCGCAGGAAGCAAAAGCAGAAACAGACCAUGCAUCAGAUGGCUGCCAUGUCUGCCCAGGAAUACUACGUUGAUUACAAACCGAACCACAUUGAGGGAGCCCUGGUCAUCAUCAACGAGUAUGGCUCGUGUACCUGCCACCAGCAGCCCGCGAGGGAAUGCGAGGUGUGAUCGCCCCAGUGGCUCUCAACCCGUGCGCUACCAAAUACUCCUGGGCAGCCGGGACGGCCCGGCAAGCGCCAGGCUGGGGUCUCCUGUCUGUGCUGAUAUGCUCCUUGACUGAAACUGUAAGGGGAUCUCUCCCAGAGACUUGACAUUUUAGCUUUAUUGUGUCUUAAAAACAAAACAAAACAAACAAACAAAAAACCGAGAUAAAACACAACAAAACCCCACCCCACAAUCUUCAGGACAGCCUAUCUUAAAUUUCAUAUGAGAACUCCUUCCUCCCUUUGAAGAUCUGUCCAUAUUCAGGAAUCUGAGAGUGUAAAAAGGUACCAAUCAUUGAUUUUUUUUUUUUUUU